AGUACAAGGAGCGAGGGACGGUCCUGGCCGAAGACCAGCUGGCUCAGAUGUCUAAACAGCUGGACAUGUUUAAGACCAACUUAGAAGAGUUUGCCAGCAAACACAAGCAAGAGAUCCGUAAAAACCCCGAGUUCCGGGUCCAGUUCCAGGACAUGUGUGCCACAAUCGGAGUGGAUCCUUUGGCAUCCGGUAAAGGAUUCUGGUCAGAGAUGCUGGGAGUUGGAGACUUUUACUAUGAACUGGGUGUGCAGAUCAUCGAAGUGUGCCUGGCUCUGAAACACAGGAACGGAGGUCUGAUAACACUGGAAGAACUUCACCAGCAAGUGCUGAAGGGAAGGGGGAAGUUUGCUCAGGAUGUCAGCCAGGAUGAUCUCCUUCGUGCAAUCAAGAAACUGAAGGUCUUGGGGAAUGGCUUUGGGAUUAUCCCCGUUGGUGGAACAUAUCUGAUCCAGUCUGUACCAGCGGAACUGAACAUGGAUCACACUGUCGUCUUGCAGCUGGCAGAGAAAAAGGGCUAUGUAACAGUCAGUGAGAUCAGAUCCAGUCUGAAGUGGGAGCCAGAACGCGCCAAGCAAGUGCUGGAACACUUGCUGAAGGAAGGAAUGGCCUGGCUGGAUAUGCAGGCAGCAGGAGAACCUCAGUACUGGCUGCCUGCUCUCUUUACAGAGCUGUACUCUCAGGAAAUCACUCCGGAGGAAGCCAAGGAGGCAAUACCUUGACUGCUACGUGCUCUGUGCCUGUAUAUAAUUCUUCUUGUGAGGUUAUUUGCGUAUCACCUGAAACACAGGGACAGUGGACUUGAAAUAAAACUUU